AUGAGCUAUAGCUGCCUGGAAGUCUUUGAACUACCCAUGGUUCUUCCAUCAUUGCAGAUUCUCAAUCUUAAAGACUCCCACAAGUUACUCGAAAUCCACAAUAUUUCCCGACUCCCUAAUCUUGAGACUCUGAUUCUCUGGAACUGCCACAGUUUGGUUCAUGUUUGUGAGACCAUUCGGCUGCUUAAUAGUCUUGCUCUAUUGAACAUGACAGGGUGUGAGAAAUUGUGGAAGAAUUCAUGGAAGAUGCAGAAUACAAAUCCAUUAAAAGAGCUAAAAGUUUCAACUUCUGAUGAACAAGUUACAGGACAAUCUACCUUCUCCUUGCCACCUUCAUUGCAGCAGUUAUUCCUCAAUGACUGCUACCUUCAGAGUACUGAUUCUUCUCCUCUGAGUUUCAGUAUUCAAUCGUUUUUGCAUUGA